AUGGGGGCAUUGUCGGCCAAUGUUGGAGCGUGGGUCGGUAACAGCCUCGUUAUCAAAUGUUCUGUUUCAUCCAAGAAGAGGAAGAAAGUGAGUGGGCUUUUUGUGUGCAGUUUCGCUAUUAGCAAUGUAACAAUUGCCAUUCUCUGUGCGCCUUUCACAGUGGUCAGCGAUUUGCUGUUCUACUAUUGGACUUUCCCUCAUUGGUUGUGUCCGCUCAUUUCCUAUGUCCAGUUAGUCGUGGUCACUCAGAGAGCAUGUUCUUUGGUAGCGUUAACGCUCCAUCGUCAUCGAUCCGUCGUGUAUCCAACAGCCAAAAAACUAACGAAACGAAACGGUGCAAUCAUCACCAUGUUUCUAUGGCUGUUUUCGGCAAUGUUUGGUUUGCCUGUGUUGUUGCAGAGCAGGGUGAUGUUUUUCGAGAAUAUUUCUCCUGAUGUUUACGGAAUCUGUGUAGAGGACUGGGGUUCUCUUCGCCUGAGGAACGCUUACACGGUGUCCAUCUUUAUUGUCCAGUAUGUGGUUCCGAUGGUCAUUUUGACCGUUGCCCACGCCCGUGUGUUCAGUAUAGUGUUUCGUCGAAAGGUUCCCGGUGAAAAAUAUCAAGCCAGAGACAAAAUGUUAGAACGAUCAAAGAAAAAGGUAGGACUUGACUUUGAAAAAUACAAAAAUCGCUGCAAUGGUCUCGUGUGUAUGACCGGAAGUACAUAA